AUGUUCGCGAUCAGUGCUUCCUUCAUCAUGUCUGGUUUGCAGUUGAUGACAUCGGGACUCCUGCUACUAUUUGUCCUACCGACUAUAACCGCCCGCAGUCUGGCGCGGCCGGCCCGGGACACGACCGACGAGCGGACACCGUGCGAACAUUACACCAACAUGUACCAGAUCACCGUACGACUAGCGCUGUCAGUCAACAGCACGCACUCCGUUCUGACUGAUACGUACGGCGGGACGGCGUCGGUUGCCGGGAGUUUUGGGUACGGGUUCACCCUGGAGAGUCUGGACACAGCCCUGAGGAUGCCGUAUCGCAACUGGACAAAACCCGGGUUUCUGUUCGAAUGCCGCCAGUCCCGAGGCAAUGGCACGUGUCCACCUCCACUUAACAUCUCUGUCGAAGAAAAAGUGAACAGGCUCCACACGGACCUGAGAACGUUCCGCACGUACCUACAGGAGGUCCGGGACGACGAGGAGAGACACGCGGAGGAACAGGGGUCCGACACGGGGCUGCUGGACGCUCUGACCCGAACCACCAACAUCCUGGAGUCGCUGCUGACAAACAUCAGAAUAACGGCAGAAGCAAUGGGGUUCGCCAUCUUGGAUGACGUCCCAGCGGGAGUCAUGACGUCAACAGAAAAGGAUCCAACCGGAGAGCUGCUAAGACGAUCACGUGACCAGCAGGUCGUCUGGGAGUUUUUGUGGUACCUUCGGUGGGCGUCGAGCGACAUCACGUGGAUAAAACACAGAUACUGCCAACAGUAA